GACUAGCCAGCAAAGGAGUUCUGGGGAGCGCUUCGAAAGGAAAGAUUUAAAAAAAGUAACCCAAACACGCUGCAUGUUUUGGGGAGAGGCGACUGAAGAGAUUUGGUGCAAACGGCAGAAACAAGACGAGAUCGGCAGGAAAAGGCGCAGCAGCCGCUCUGCCCCGCUCGCUGCUGGGAUUGGCCUUGCCGGAAGGAAAAGAGCGCGAGAGCCUUCCCUUCGGCAGCGGUGCAGCCGAGCGCCUUCCCCUCGCCGGUGCCUGGGACGUGGCGCGCCUGCAAGGAGUGGGCGGCUCCCUUGACGCUCCCAGGGCCCCGCACGGCGCCUAGAGAAGAGACUCACCCGGCCUCCUCCUCGCCACGGUGCCCUAUCGCAAGGCAGAGGCGGCGGCAGCGGCAGCAGUCCGGGGCGAAGGCGACGUCUCGAGGUCCCUGCUGGAGCAGCCUCCCAAGGCGGGCUUGGCGAAGCUGGCCAUGGCGGCGAUCCGCAAGAAGCUGGUGGUGGUGGGCGACGGAGCGUGCGGCAAGACGUGCCUGCUGAUCGUCUUCAGCAAGGACGAGUUCCCGGAGGUCUACGUGCCCACCGUCUUCGAGAACUACGUGGCCGACAUCGAGGUGGACGGCAAGCAGGUGGAGCUGGCCCUGUGGGACACGGCCGGCCAGGAGGACUACGACCGCCUGCGCCCGCUCUCUUACCCGGACACCGACGUGAUCCUCAUGUGCUUCUCGGUGGACAGCCCGGACUCCCUGGAGAACAUCCCGGAGAAGUGGGUGCCCGAGGUGAAGCACUUCUGCCCCAACGUGCCCAUCAUCCUGGUGGCCAACAAGAAGGACCUGCGCAACGACGAGCACGUGCGCAACGAGCUUGCGCGCAUGAAGCAGGAGCCCGUGCGCACCGAGGACGGCCGCGCCAUGGCCAUCCGCAUCCAAGCCUACGACUACCUCGAGUGCUCGGCCAAGACCAAGGACGGCGUGCGGGAGGUCUUCGAGACCGCCACGCGGGCCGCCUUGCAGAAGCGCUACGGCACCCAGAACGGCUGCAUCAACUGCUGCAAGGUGCUAUAACGGGGGAGGGCGGCUUGGUGGAGCGGCGGAACCUCAGCGGAGGGGCGACGGAGAGCUGCGCGCAACUGGGGACCGGGAGGGGGAGGCUCGGACUGCGCUCUAACAGGGAGGGAACUGUCUGCGGCCCCCUCAAGCAGGGAGAGGCGAAGGGGAAACAUUUGCAAAAGCAUCGCCCCCUGCACUGACCACGGCGAAAGGGCUAUUGACUUGAAUGGACCCGUGCAGGGCCGCCACCGCCUGCUUUUUCUCGGCGCGGGGGGGGAGCGGGACUCAUUUGUGACCCUUGGCAAAUGAGAGCUCACUCCGCAGGGCCUCCGUGCAGUGCAUCCCCUUCUCUCGGAAAGAGGCCAGCGGCAGAAGAGACACUGGUGGACAGUCGGGGCCUUUCCCUCCCACUCUUGAUUGGUAUUUUCCUGGAGGGUUUGAAUCCAAAGACCGGGAGGGGAGGGAUAUCUGCUGUCAAGUCUGUACAUAGACCGUAUUCUCCCGUUCAAGCGGGCCCACUGAAAAGGGGUGGGGGGAAGCUGUGGCUUAUUUAACCGUGGACUGGGCCUCCUCCUCCCUUGGGUCUGAUUUGCAGUGGGGGCGCGUCCUACGAUGGGGGUGGGGGAGGGUUUUGUCCUUCUGGGGGCUCUUCAGAGAGGGUGAGAAGAAAUCGCGACGAGGGGGUGGGGGAGGGAAAUGUGUUCCAACUUCAUGUUUUUUUUGUGCCCGUUCUCCGAUUUUUUUUCUUUUUGAAGCUGCAAAUGCUUCAGUUGGAUUUAUUUAAGUGAUCUAUCUUUGCAAAACAGAAAAGAGAACUUAUUUUGCACAACUGGGUGUUUAAUUUAAAAAAGAAAGUUGACACUUUAUGCACUUGUAAUCUGCAAACCAACACUGUAGCAUUACAGAAAAAACCCUUUUUCUUAAAUGUUAACCUCAUUUUGGGGCAGGGUCCAGCUCAGUCCUCGUUCAGUGAAGCACUUGGAAAUCCUGUUGAUUCCUAAGCAGCUUCUGCAGUUAGUCAGUGGGACUUUAGUGCAUGACGCUGGCUGGAUCAUGUCCUUUGUUUUCUGUUCUCUUGAUUGACUUAAGCAAAACCACUGUUAUUUUUUUUAAAAAAAUUGCCUGGAGAAACACUGUCUUUAUUUGUGACAAUUACAUGUUAUUUUUUGAGUGCUCAGUGCCGUUUAUUUGGGAUCAUUUUUUUUAAAAAACCCACAGCCACACAUGUUUUGAUAGGUCAACUUUGAGGUCUGUUCAAAAGAAUAACUUGUGCUUCUUUGUUUUACACAACAGACUUCACUCCCCCCCCUUUAUUACCAUUUUAUACAAUGGUACUAAGGACUUAACUCUAAAUUUGACCUGGUUUAAAAAAAGACAUGUGAAGUUUACAUAAAAUGAUAUAAGCUGUGUAUGCAGUUUUUUAAAUGUAAAAUAUUAAAAGAUUCUAUGACUACA